UAGAGAAGCGGUAUGCACCUGCGCCGUGCAGGGAGGGUGUUAUAUUGGAGGAACAGCUUCUUGGCUUCAAACGGUAUGAUGGCAGUGUAAUGGAUGGAUGUAGUGUAACGCUCUCUCAUUAUUUGAAAUAAUCUGUGAUUGAAUUGGGAAGUGCAGUGAUGGGGUGUUGACGCAUGUUGGAGUGUAGGCAGUGUGAAGUGUGUAUAUAUAUAAUAAAUAAAUAACAAAUGGUGUUAGGAACAAUGUCGUUAGGUCGCAUAGGGACGGCGUUAGUGCUGGCGGCCGUGGCAGCGUGUGCACGGGCUCAUCAAGAGGCCUCCUUGCCCGAGGUCAUGUACAGCACAGCGGUGCCCCACGACGUCUCCCCAGCACACAUCGUUCACAAAAUCAAAUUAAAAGACGGCCAGGCGGUCAACAGGCUCAUGGAUACCGAAUACUCCGAUUACUUCGCCGUCUUGGACAACGGGGAGGUCAUGACAGUGGCCAAGGUGGCGCCCCUUCUGGGCAAGAUCGUCAACCUGAAGGUGUCGACGGGCUUCCCGGACGGACGGACGCAGCUCUUCGUCGUCCGCAUCGCCGUCAAGGAUCAGCAGGCCAUGCUCCGCUUCCUGAAGCCCGAGUACGACGCCUACGUCUACGAGAAUAUGCCUGCUGGGACAGAGCUUCAAGGGUUGGACGAGCUGGAAGCCAUGGGCGACGAGGAAAUCAGGUACGAGCUCUUGGGAGGGCACUCAGUCUUCGCCCUCCACCACGUCGGGGGCAUCCCGACGGUGGUCACUCGGCAGUCCCUCGAUCGUGAGGCGGAAGACCUCUACAAGUUGACCCUGAGGGCUUUCGACAAGGAGGGACUCGACUCGACGGAGGCCAAGAUCAUCGUCCACAUCCAGGACAUGAACGACCACGCCCCCGUCUUCACGCAGAGCAUGUUCUACUUCUUCGUGCCCCUCAACUUCAGUCGCUUCGACAAGAUCGGCCGCGUGGUGGCCCACGACGGCGACGGGGACAAGGUGGUCUACCGCCUGGCCUACCCGUCCAACACCUUCACGAUCAUCCCGCAGACGGGCGAGAUCAUGCUCAUCGAGCCGCCGGAGACCCUCGUCUACGAGCUCGAACUCGAGGCCUUCGACAAGAGGAAGCCGACACUGUACUCGGACACCUUGGCCAAGGCCCACAUCGAGUUCCGGUACCCGACCGAUUCCCUCUUCACGGGCGAGAGCAACGACAUUGACUCCGAAGACGUGUACCCGGACCACGCCCUCUCCAAGAGGAGCGCUGGCAGGGUCAAGCGAGGUCAGCUGCGACACACGAAGGAGAUGGUGUUUUCGGAGGCCGACGGGUCCGUCGAGGGGAAGGUGGUCUUCCAGCUGGAGAAGGAGAUCCAGUGGGAGACCUUCAAGAUCCGAGAUGACAACCCUUGGGUCGAGGUCGACCCCAACGGCGCUGUCAGGGUCAAGAAGAAGUGGGACUACGAGGAACUGGGACCCGAGAAGACCAUCGACUUCUGGGUCACCAUCACGAACAACGAUCGAAGUGAUACGGACAACCAGCGCGUGAUUCUGCAGAUCACGGACGUCAACGAUGAGCCUCCGUACUUCAUCAACCGUCCGUUGCCCAUGCAGGCCGUGGUCAAGCUCAACGCUGCCCCGAACACCCCAGUUUUCACCCUGCAGGCCAGGGAUCCUGACAAGGACCACGACAUCCAUUACUUUCUUGUUCGAGACAGAACUGGAGGCCGUUUUGAGGUCGAUGAGAAAUCUGGUGUGGUUCGAACGCGUGGUUCCGAGAUGUUCCAGCUGGAUAUGGAAUAUGUUUUGUACGUGAAGGCCGAGGAUCAGAAUGGCAGGAUUGAUGAUAAGCAAUUCCAAUCCACUCCUGAGGAGAGGCUAUCCAUUGUAGGCGGCAAGAGACCACCUCAGUUUUACCUGCCGAAAUACGAGAAGACCAUUCCAGAGAAUUCUGCCAAAGACUCGGACAUUAUCUCUGUGAAGGCAAAGUCAUUUGCUGACCGAGAGAUCAGGUACACUUUGAAAGCCAAAGGACAGGGAGCUGGAACAUUCAACAUUGGACCUACUUCUGGCAUCGUAAAACUUGCCAAGGAGCUGGACUUUGAAGAUGUUCGACAGCCACACAUAUACCAACUUGUUGUCACUGCUACUGAAGACUCUGGUGGAUUCUCUACUUCAGUUGAUUUAACCAUAAAAGUUACUGAUGUCAAUGACAACCCUCCCAAGUUUGAUCUUCCUGAUUACCAGGCGCAUAAUAUUGAUGAAGAUAUUCCUAUUGGUUCUUCCAUACUCAGGGUGAAGGCUCGUGAUGAGGACUCGGGGACCAAUGCAGAGAUUAAUUACUCGGUGUCAAAUGAUCACUUCCGGGUCGACAACAAGGGUAUAAUAUACAACAAAAAGACCCUUGAUGCAGAUGACAAUAAUGCCUACUAUGAAUUCACAGUUACAGCUACAGACAAAGGUGAACCAUCGAAGGAAGGCACUGCUACAAUCCGAAUCUACACCAAGAACAAAAAUGACGAAGAACCCAAAUUCUCACAACAGGUGUAUACUCCUAAUGUUGAUGAGAAUGCAGGUCCAAACACUUUGGUUACAACCGUUGUAGCAUCUGACAAGGAUGGUGACAACGUGGAGUUUGGCUUUGUUGGUCAGGCCCGUAAAUCUGGACAGUUUUCCAUAGAGAAGAUGACUGGUGUCAUUCGUCUACACAGUGGUCACAUCUCAUUAGAUCGAGACAAGUAUGAACUGAAUGUCACUGCAGUUGAUGAUGGAAAUUGCUGUAUGGGAGGACAGCAAACUAGACAUACCUCAACAGCAGUUGUUGUGGUAUUCAUCACAGAUGUCAAUGAUAAUAAACCAGUGUUUAAGGACUGUGCAUCCUACCAUGCUAAAGUAGAGGAAUCGGCUCCAAAUGGUUCUCCUGUCAUCACAGUCCAUGCUACUGAUGAGGAUAAAGGUGUUAAUGGACAGGUUCGCUAUAGUAUUGUACAGCAGCCAAAUCAGAAGGGUACAAAAUUCACAGUUGACCCAGAGACUGGUGAGGUAACAACCAACAAAGUGUUUGACCGUGAAGGAGAAGAUGGCAAGUUUGUUUCUGUGACAGUGAAAGCAACAGACAAUGGUGAUCCAUCUCUGGAAGGUGUCUGUUCAUUUACAGUGGAAAUAACGGACAUAAACGACAACCCACCCCUCUUUGAUCGUCAGAAAUAUGUUGAGAAUGUCAAGCAAGAUACGAAUGUUGGUACAAACAUCUUGCGUGUAUCUGCAUCAGAUGAGGAUGCCGACAAUAAUGGAGCCAUCGUUUAUAACUUGACCUCAGCUUCUAGUCCUGGUGAUCUUGACUAUUUUGAAAUCCAGCCUGAAUCAGGUUGGAUCACACUCAAGAAACCACUGGACUCAUGUCUGCCUAUUGUAAGUAAAUGUGUGCCACGAGAAUCGUACCGACUGACUGCCGUAGCUCAGGACCGUGGGUUUCCUCCACUGUCUCGCACGGUGGAUGUUCAGAUCGAUGUAGUGGAUCGCGCCAACAACCCUCCUGUAUGGACCCAGUCCAUCUAUGGCCCCAUUUACAUCAAGGAAAACUUGCCAGUAGGGGCGGGAGUUAUCUCAGUGAAGGCCAGCUCGGGAAUAGAGGACAAUCCGGUUGUCUUCUACCGAAUCAUCAGAGGAUCCACAGCUCAAACAAACAAGCACGACACAUUUUACCUGCAACAGCGUCCUGACAAUGGAGACACUUGGGCUGACAUAAAAGUUAACCACCCACUCGAUUAUGAGAGCAUAAAGGAAUAUAAUUUGACUGUGAGAGUAGAAAAUAAUGGGCCACAACAGCUGGCUUCGGAAGCUACAAUCUAUGUUGUCUUAGAGGAUGUGAAUGAUGAGAUCCCCUUAUUUACUGAACGAGAACAAGAAACAGUUCUGGAAGGUGAACCCAUCGGAACAAAGGUUACCCAGGUCAAUGCUAUUGACAAGGAUGGAACCUAUCCAAAUAAUGAGGUACUUUAUCGCAUAGUGGACAGCCCCAGAAAUGAAGGAAGAGACUUUUAUGAAAUAAGAGAGAGAACUGGCGAGAUCUUUACCAGAGUAGAAUUUGAUAGGGAAGAGAAACAAGCCUAUGCUCUUGAAGUUGAGGCACGAGAUGGUGCUGCUUCUGCUCGACCAAAUGCUAAUGGACGUCCCAAUACAGUGACGAAGUUCAUCCGUAUCGGCAUUGCUGACAAGAAUGACAACCCUCCCUUCUUCGACAAGAACCUCUACGAAGCAGAAGUAGAUGAAAAUGAAGAUAUUCAGCACACCGUCCUCACCGUGACUGCCAAGGAUCUCGAUGAGUCUUCGCGCAUCCGUUAUGAAAUCACCAAUGGUAACAUCGGCGGUGCCUUUGCUGUCAAGAACAUGACUGGUGCUAUUUACGUGGCUGGCCCUCUGGAUUACGAAACUAGAAAAAGGUACGAACUCAGACUGGUGGCCUCUGACAACCGUAACGAGAAUCACACCACAGUUGUCAUUCAUGUUAAAGAUGUGAAUGAUAAUCCACCAAUGUUUGAUCGGCCUUUGUAUGAGACGCAGAUCACCGAGGAGGACGACCGCAGCCUGCCCAAAAAUAUCCUCACGGUUACAGCAACUGAUGGUGACAGAGAUCGAGUGCAGGACAUUGUUUAUUUCCUUACUGGUCAAGGAAUUUACCAAGAAAGCCCAGACCAGUCACAGUUUGAAGUAAAUAGAACAUCAGGAGAAAUAUUUGUCAAAAAGCCACUGGACAGAGACCAUCCCAAAGGACGGCCCACUUGGAGAUUCACCGUAUUUGCACAAGAUGAGGGUGGCACUGGUCUAGUAGGAUAUGCUGAUGUGCAGGUUAAUCUGAAGGAUAUUAAUGACAAUGCUCCAGUAUUCCCGCAGAUGGUUUAUUAUGGAAAUGUGACUGAAAAUGGAACCCAAGGAAUGGUAGUCAUGACAAUGACAGCUGAAGAUUAUGAUGAUCCCAAUGAAGGUACAAAUGCAAAGUUGACAUAUUCAAUUGAAAAGAAUGUCAUUGAUGAAAACAUGGCGACACCUAUCUUUGAAAUUGAGCCAGAAACUGGUGUCAUCAAAACUGCUGUGUGUUGUUUGGAUAGAGAAAAGACGCCAGAUUACUCCAUUCAAGUUGUAGCUGUGGAUGGUGGUGGGUUAAAAGGGACUGGAACAGCAAGCAUUCGGGUGAGAGAUAUCAAUGACAUGCCUCCAAGGUUUACAAAAGAAGAAUGGGUAACAGAGGUGGAUGAAACAGAAGGAGCCCUUCUUCCUGAUCAAGCUAUUUUGACUGUUACUGUACAUGAUGAGGAUGAAACUAACAAAUUCCACUACAAAGUUAUAGAAUCAUCAGGUUUUGGUGCUGACAAAUUCACUAUGGUCAGAAAUAACGAUGGCACAGGAUCUCUUAAGAUUGUCCAGCCCCUUGAUUAUGAGGAUCCAAUGCAACGUAGUGGUUUCAGAUUCAAGAUCCAGGUCAAUGACAAGGGAGAGGACAAUGAUGCUGAGAAGUAUCAUGUUGCAUAUUCUUGGGUGAAAGUUGAACUCAGAGACAUUAACGAUAAUAAACCACAGUUCUUGAAGCCUAACAUUGAGGUUCCUGUAUUUGAAAAUGCUGAAAUUGGAAAGAGUUUAGAAACUUUCAAAGCAACAGAUCCAGAUCAAGGUGGUCAGAGUAAGGUUUCAUAUGCAAUUGACCGAGCAUCUGAUAGACGAAGGCAGUUUUCAAUUGACAGUUCAGGAACUGUAAAGAUCCAGCGAACACUGGACAGAGAGGAGAAUCCUCGUCACUCUGUCAAAAUUUUAGCCAUUGAUGAUGGGUUGCCAGCCAAAACAGCUACAGCAACACUUACUGUGAUUGUUCAAGAUAUUAAUGAUAAUGCUCCAAGGUUUUUGAAGGAUUAUCGACCAGUGCUACCUGAAAAUCAGUCUCCAAGAAAAAUAGUUGAAGUUUUAGCUACUGAUGAUGAUGAUCGUUCCAAAGGCAAUGGACCACCUUUCCAUUUCCGAAUGGAUUCUACAGCAUCAGAUGAAAUAAGAGCAUCUUUCAAAGUUGAACAUAUCCCUAAAGGUGCAAAUGGUGAUGGAAUGGCAGUGAUUUCCUCUCUGAGGACAUUCGACCGAGAAAUACAGAAAGAAUAUCAUGUACCUAUUGUAAUAAAGGAUGCAGGCACACCUCAGAUGACAGGAACUUCAACAUUAACAAUUAUUAUAGGGGAUGAAAAUGAUAAUAAGAUGCAGCCAGGAUCUAAAGAUAUCUUUGUGUAUAAUUAUAAAGGUCAAGCUCCAGAAACUAAGAUUGGUAGAGUUUAUGUUUAUGACUUAGAUGAUUGGGAUUUACCAGAUAAGAAAUUUAAUUGGGCAACUGAAGAACAUCCCAAUUUCAAGUUAAAUGAAGAUGAUGGUAUGAUAACAAUGAGACAAGCUACAGGGGAGGGUACGUAUUUCUUGCGGUUCCAUGUGUAUGAUAGAAAGCACACACAAACUGAUGUCGAAGCAAAUGUUACUGUGACAGUGAAAGAAAUUCCAGAAAUAGCUGUUAUGAACUCAGGUUCCAUUCGUAUUGCAAAUAUGACAGAUGAAGAUUUUAUAAGAAUAUGGGAUUAUAGGACACAACGUGUGGUUAGAAGUAAAGCCGACAUGUUUAGAGAAAAAAUUGCCAGGUUGGUGGGUACCGGUAUUGAAAAUGUUGAUGUAUUUAGUAUUCAGUUGCGUAAUGAAAGACCGCCCGUAACAGAUGUUCGUUUCUCAGCGCACGGGUCUCCGUACUAUCAUCCAAUAAAGCUUAAUGGUCUUGUGUUACAACAUCGUGCUGAAAUUGAAGCAGAAAUUGGUAUUAACAUUACAAUGGUAGGCAUAGACGAGUGUUUAUAUGAAAAUGUUGCUUGUGAAGGAUCGUGUACAAAUCACUUAGUUAUAUCAAAUCUGCCUUAUAUGGUGAAUGCAAAUAAAACUUCUUUAGUGGGUGUACGGACAGAAGUAAUUCCUGAGUGUACUUGCGGAGCUCGUAACUUCUCUGUUGAAGAAUCUUGCCGUCCAAACCCUUGUUAUAAUGGUGGCCGAUGCAUAGAAGGAAAGUCUGGUAUUCGUUGCGUUUGUCCAGAAGGAUAUGAUGGACCAAGAUGUCAAAUGUUAACAAGGACAUUCAGAGGAAAUGGCUUUGCUUGGUUCCAGCCAUUAGCCAUGUGUGACAAUUCCCAUAUCAGCUUGGAGUUCCUCACGAGAAGACCUGAAGGCCUUCUUUUCUAUAAUGGUCCUAUAACUCCUCCUGAAACAGAUGAAAUGAUUGUCUCUGAUUUUAUAGCACUGGAGCUGGAGAAAGGAAGACCAAGGUUACUGGUGGACUUUGGAUCUGGUACUUUACAACUGCGAGUCAAUACUAAGAAUCAUCUAAAUGAUGGUACCUGGCACAGAGUAGAUAUCUUCUGGGAUACUGAGAAUGUAAGAAUUGAUGUAGACAAUUGUGUAGCAGCAGAAGUUCAAGAGCCAGAAGACGGUAGUGAGCCCAUCUUUGAUUCAUCAGGAUGCCAGGCCAAGGGGACUAUACCACCUUUCAAUGAGUAUCUUAAUGUAAAUGCCCCAUUACAGCUUGGUGGUUUAGCACAUGAACAGCCUGACCCCAGUUUAUACAAGUGGGCACAUGUUCCUCAUGGUAGACCAUUCAGUGGUUGUAUCAGGAAUCUAAUGGUAAACAGUGAGUUAUAUGAUUUGGCAAGUCCAGGUCUUUAUAGAAACACUCAGAUGUUUUGUCCACAGCUUGAUGAAGCAUGCCGAAGCAAUUCUAUUAUUCCAACUUGUGGACCAAAUGGAAUAUGCUCAGGUUCUCUUACAGCUCCUGUCUGUAAGUGCAAGCCAGGGUGGACAGGCCCAACGUGUGAAGAACCCACAAAUUCCUCUUACUUUGAAACUCAAUCAUAUGUCAAGUAUGCUUUGUCUUUCAAGCCCAAUUCAUUUAGCACAGAAAUUCAACUGAGGUUCCGUACAUGGCAAGAGUAUGGUGAACUUUUCCGUAUCUCUGAUCAACACAAUAGAGAGUAUGGCAUCCUUGAAAUCAAGGAUGGUCGGUUGAGAUUCCGCUUCAAUUUGAAUAGUCUGCGAACAGAAGAACAUGAUUUGUGGCUUUCGGCUGUAGCUGUUAAUGAUGGCAUUUGGCACUCUGUUGUAGUUGAACGUCAUGGCUCUACUGCAAACAUCAUGCUAGAUGGUGGUGAAGGUCGUCGCUACAAUGAAACAAUGACUUUCUCAGGUCAUAUGCUAAUGGAUGUUGAUAAGCAAGAAGGUGUAUAUGCUGGAGGCAAGGCAGAGUACACUGGCAUCAGAACCUUUGAAGUUUAUAACGAUUAUAAAUUAGGUUGCUUGGAUGAUAUCAGGCUUGAAGGUAAACAUUUGCCCCUUCCCCCUGGCCUUAAUGGCACCCAGUGGGGACAGGCCACCAUGUUCCGCAACUUGGUCAAGAAUUGCAUUUCCCAGGACCAGUGCGUCAAUGUUACCUGCCUUGCACCAUUCACUUGCAAAGACUUAUGGAUGAGACACGAAUGCGGCUGCCCAGAGGGAUCCAUUCUCCAUCAUGAUGACUGUCUCAACAUUAAUGAGUGUGAGCUGUGGCAACCAUGCCAUCAAGGGGGUAUCUGCAGAGACCUAGAGCCUGAUAUGGGCGGCUAUGCAUGUGACUGUGUUGGAAGCUACUCAGGAAAAAAUUGUGAUUUGUUACUGGAGGAAACUGUUCUUAAACCCUCCACUGACUUUGUUGUUGCUAUAGUCAUCUGUCUUUUAGUUUUAUUAAUUUUGGUGUUAAUAUUUGUGGUGUACAAUCGACAAAAAGAGCGCCACUUCCCAAAAGCAGAUCCUUAUGAUGAUGUACGUGAAAACAUCAUCAACUAUGAUGAUGAAGGUGGCGGAGAAGAUGACAUGACUGCAUUCGACAUAACUCCACUCCAGAUCCCUGUGGGCCCUGCUAUUGGCAAUGGUGGACCUCUGCUGGGAAAGAUGCCGUAUGGGCAUGGAGGACAACCAGAUGUGGGAGUUUUUAUCAGCGAGCACAAGAAUAAGGCUGACAACGAUCCUAAUGCACCACCCUUCGAUGACCUCCGUAAUUAUGCUUAUGAAGGUGGUGGUUCCACUGCUGGUUCACUCUCAUCACUUGCAUCAGGCACUGAUGACAACGAACAGGACUUUGACUAUCUGAACAACUGGGGUCCUCGCUUCAGCAAAUUAGCAGACAUGUACGGCCAUGGGGAAUCUGAAGAAGAAGAGGAUCACUAAAGUGUUAAUUGCAGGAGCCUUGCAAUUGAAUUCACCUCAUUGGUAGAGAAAGGUGUCUUUACAUUUCUCCAGAGCACUGUUGACCAUGAAGCCCUGAGGGACUAACCAUUUUGAUGAAGGGAAGUCCCUUGAGCUGUUUUGCCAUGAUAUAAGGAAAGAAGCUACCUGUUGUCAAAAAAGGAUCUAAAAGUUCCAUGGUAAUACUGUUGCCUUAAAAUAGAUAAGAAAACAGCUCUCACAAAAAUGUGCAUGAUUAGAUCAAGAAUCACAUGUAUCUUUGAAUGUCAUAAGUUCAGCUGGUGGUGCUAUAAAAAAUUUAACCUUAAAGUUAACCUGUGAAAGUGUUUCAACAGCAGCAUAUUAUUUUCAGUAUGGAAAUGAGGAUUUGAACUUCCAUUGAAAAUCUGUCAGUUUCAAGACAAUUACAGUAUUAAAAUACUCAUGGAGUACUUAUGUGUGUUACAAAUAGCAUUGUCAUUGCUAUAGACUCCGUAGAUUAGUUGGAAGUUCUUCCUCUACUUGGUCCACUGUAUUGUCACAAGUUUUUAUUUGAUAAAAUUAGGAGUAAUAAAUAGUAGCUUCUUAGCCAGAACAGAACAAGAGGAAAACCAAAUUGACAAAGCAGUCAUAUUUGUGCUCUGCACGUGUAAGAUCCUUCUUCCUACUUUUGUGUAAUGCGUAGUGGUAUGCAGCCUCCUCCUACAGUGAUGGUGUGGAUCUGCACAGUGCCAAGACUUAACAAUGAGGUGAUGAAAAUGCCAGUGUUCAGAAUUGACUUGAAGCUCUUUGCAUACAUCCUUUGUGAUGAGACAAAUCCUAUCCUUUGAAAGAAGGAGAGCCACACAAGGCCAGGGCAUUGUAUCAGUGUCGUUGGUAGCUGUGGCAGAAGAAGAAUUAACAUUCCGUAAAAGACAGUCGUGUGAUAGUUAAUGGGAUGAGAGUGGAAAAGAUUUGGUUAGAGUAUGUCUACUAUACGUGUUUUGUUAUGACCCAUGUUACGUGCCAAGUACCCCCUUCCCUGGCAAAUCUGAUUUGAUUUGUGCAUUAACUUUCUAAAAACCACAAUUUUACUUUCCAUUUUCUUUGUUUUUAAGGAAUUUUGUUUAUCCUCAGUCACAAACAUGUGAAGAAGCAUAUCAAGAAACAACAAAAUAAACUUAGAACUGAAUGCACCACAGACACUCAGUAAGAUGGCAUUUAUGGUUUCUAAAUCAUGAUACUUUGUGCAGCAUACUGCUCCUUUCAGUGUGUGUGAGGAUGUGGUGAAUUGAUUUCCCUUUGUAUACUAUUACUCCUACUACUCUCCCUCUUAGUUUACAGCAGGUCAGUACUGCAAUUCCGUGCAUUUUUGCAGGCUCCAAUGAAAUAGGCCUGUUUACUCAUAGAUGAAUCUCAGGCAGUACUGAAAAAUAUCUUGUGAAAAAUGUGUUGAAUGUAUGUAAAAUUUUGUACAUGUUUAAAUAUUUAAGGAGGAGAUAUAUGUCUCAAAGAAUGAAUAGUUGUUUAAAUAUUUGCUCAUCAGUAUGAAAGCUAGACAGCAAGAUGACUUAGUGUGACAACAGCUUGAUUCUAGUAGGCAUUCACUGAUUAGAAAGUUUGUUACUGAACUGUAGUCUUCUCUUGGUGUCUUGCUGUGCAAGUUUUUUGGAAGAAGUGACAGUUAAUUUUAUUCAAGUGCUGAUGUUUUGUAGAUUGCGGGCUAAACUUUGAGUCAAGAGGCAUAGUUUAUACCUACAUUAGUAAGAGUCACUUCUCUUUUGCUGCAAAGGAAGCAAUAAGUGCUUGCUUGCUACAUAUUUGAUUCCCAGCUGCUUUUUUUCCUUUUUCUCUUUAUAUUCUUUGUCUUUAAUUUUAUAUUAUGAUCUCGUUAGUAUAGUAUAGAAGAGCUGCUGAGGCAAGAUUGUCUUCAAGUGGCCACAUUUCAUAAGGGCCUGUUGUGGGUGAACCUGUGCCUCUUCACUCUAGCCCAACCCCAACCCCCCCAGUCCAUUUUUCCACUAAAUAUCCUUUGUAAAGAAAAGUCAGUCAAGCACCCACCCCACCCCUCCUCCCAGAUGUCCAGUCCUCCAGUUCCCAUUCCAGCCCUGGCACAAUAUGGGCCACUACAGCCCGCACCCACCCACCCAUAGGUCUCUUACCUGUGGUGAUGUCCUUUUAGAUAUGGAAGCCUCUUCCAACAUAAAAUAUUAUUUCUUAGACUAAAUCUACAAAUUAAGAUUUUCUAAAACUUUUAAGUAUAAAAACAUUAAUCAUCAUCAGCUAAGAGUGAAAACUCUUCAUCACCACACAAAUAACCUCAACAGCACUGCCAUAUUUUGGUGGGAGCAGGCUGGGUCGUUUAGUCAUUGGCUUCUUCUAUUAUCAUGUUAGUGUUAGCUAUUGUGCACAAGUUGGUCAUAAAUAGAAUGGUGCUGGCCUCGGACCAUUUUCAGCGGGUUCUUUCUAAGUUCUUGGACCAAUUCUUUAAUCAACCUUGUAUAAAUAUUUGAAAGAGAAGAAAUUCAAGUUUUCUUGUGCAGAGAUUCAUAUCCCCUACCCCACCCACCUUUGCACCAACAUGACCAUGCUUCAGUCUCUUCUCACAUAAUUUUUAUUCAGCCAUCAUCCAAACAUGACCAGGUCAGAGACUCAUAUAGCCAGCCUAUUACAACACUCUGCAUAAGACAACCAAUUUUUCCCCUGAAGCGAACCGAGCCCAGCCAACUUGUUUUUAUAGCAUUCCAUAUACCAAAUGAUGUAUGUAAGAAUGCGAUAUUCAUUUUCACAUUUUAUAUCAAACGAAGUAAUGUAACAUCUUGCUAGAACUCUUAGGAACAUUUUAAGCCAGGUUUCUCCUGUAACAUUAGAGGUGAUUAUUUGUGGUGUGAAUGCAGAAGUUUCACAGUUUAGAGUUGUCCUCCCUAAGGUAUCCUCUGGAUGGAUUAUAUAUCGAGGACACUUCUGAAACUUUUCACUCAAUCUGUACCUUAAUCUGGAGUGAAUGGAUACCCUUUAUUUUCCCUCAUAUUUUUAUAUGAUUUUUUUUUCUUGGGAGAAAUCUGGCUUUUCCCAAGGCCGAAGGAUUCUCACUGCUGUGCAUGAGUUCAGGUCACAAUUUCAAUGAUUUCUUAGUGUAAAUAAAGUCACAAACCCCAGAAUUAUUCUCAUUUCACUGUCAAUUGUUUUUUGCAUAAGAAACUUUGGCCCAGGGAACUUGAAAUGAUCAUGGAGUAGAAGAGUAUUUACAAAAAAAAAUUUUGUACCCUAUUCUUUUUUAAGUUCAAAAUUCAUCCAAGAGAUGUUGCCCAGUGGGCAAAGAAGCCAUAGAAAAAAAUAAGCUUUUGUUUGAUGUUUUCAAGCUGUGAUUUUACUGUGUCUGCAUUGUCAUCUGAAAUAGAUUAAAGCCUUUGUGUA